CGUCAACGUCGAAGGCGGCUUCUCCUCACUGUUGAUAACAACUGAUUCUCACUAUUUUGCAUUUUUAUUGUCCAAAUCAAAGUGCCGAAAACCAAACCCCGAAGCCCUCCCAUUGUUGUUGCUGAAUGCUUCCAUGGACUUCAGACCUCGCAACUACAGUGCCGAGCAUGAAUCUCACGCGCUCCCUCGCGCACGCGCCGAUGCUCAUCCUCUCUCUGCUUCACCUCCACCGCUCUCGCAGGUCAACAUUGUGGAUCAUGGGAACACUGGUUUCUUUGAUCCACUGAGAGGAACUGAUAAUCAUGCAAAUGCUACCUCCCUUGAUCCUGACAACUUGAGUGGUUCUGAUCAUCAACCAACAAAGGAGUGGACCUCUUUCAGGAGAUUACUAAUGCAGAGGUUUCCUGUCUCCAAAAUGGUUUCAAUUUCUUCAAUGCCCGAUGUUUUAUUGAGAAGUGGAAAAUCACACGAGAAAUCUUCAACAAGUAUGCACUUGGAGGAACUGGAUGAUCCACAAAAAUUCACAGAUGAGGGUGUCAAGGUUAUUACUUGGCAGGAAUAUGUUUCUCGGCUACAAGAGCUCAAGGAUGAAAUUACCCGUUCUUGGCUUGCGGACGAUCGUGUAACAUCCUUAAAGUUAUCUAUAAAGGUUGCUAAGCUUCUGACGGAUACAUCAGUAUUUGAGUUUUAUCCUACGCUUUUUGUCCUUGUCACAGAUAUCAUGGACAUGAUCGGGGACCUGGUUUGGCGACGCAUAAAGCGGAAAGCUGAGUUUACUGAAGAAGGAGCUUUACUCUGCAACUUAGCAGAAAACUUUGAAGCAAGCGACAUUUGUGCUGAUGCCAAAGAAACUUGCAAUAACUGGUUCAGCAAAAUUGGUGCUGUGCAAGAGCUUCUUCCACGCAUUUACUUGGAGCUGGCAAUAUUGCCUUGCUGGCGUUUUCUGGUUGACCAACCUGGAGACAGUCUCCGACGCUUGGUAAUGAUGACAAGAGGAUUAGGAGAUCCAGUGGCAUCUGCAUAUUGCCGACUAUAUAUGGCUCACUGUGCUCAGAAGCUGACUUCACAUGAUAUAGGUUAUCUUGUUACAUCUGUUAAUGACAUCAGAGUUAUUUUGAUGCAAAUCUUAUCAGCCAAUGAAAGAACCCGUGGAAAUGUAAAACCCAACAUAAAAUUGCAAGUCAGUCUGAUGGAGCCAACCAUUGAGUAUAUUAUGAAGUGCAUAUUUAAUGGGUUGUCUCAGAGACAAGUCAGUGAAGUUCUAUCAGAGCUUGGAUUGAUGAAGAAUCAACAGGAUUUUGGGAGUGUUUCGUGUGUUUCAGUCGUUCUUCAUCAUUUACUGAAGGAACUCCCUAUUGAAGUAGUUAGUUCUAACGUUGUGCAGAUCCUUCAUCUCAUUGAAUUUAGCAAGGAUAAUUCCUUUGAUCAGCACAUGAAUUACAGAUUGCUUGGAUUCAGGCUGUAUGAGAGGAAAUCCCCAGUUGAUGUUGUCAAUGCUGUGUUAGAUAAAGUUAUUCAGGUUAUUGCUCUGUAUGAUAGCCUUGAUGAAUACCUGAAGGUUAUAGAUGCUUAUGCUGAUCUUAUUCUUCAGAAUGAGAUGGAUAACCUUUUAAACACCAUUUUGGAAGGCAUUUCAGAGCGCGCUUUGAAUGGAGGAGUUACAGAAGAUGAAAUGCCAAGCUUGGAAUCUCUCUUGGUGAAGCUUCUGUCUCAUUUUAAGCAUCUGGAAGAUGUGUUAUCUCUGAGUCACUUUCCGGAAAUCUUAGAUGUAAUGUAUGGGAAAUCACAGAAGGUUGUCUUUUUGCACAUUCUUAAUAUGGCGACAAGGAAUGGUCAAGUUAGCGAUCCGACGAGUAUACAGUUGCUUUUUGAAAUUUCUCGGAUUUUGCAUGACAAUAUGGAAUUUAUGAAUGUGAAAGAUGAUGAUUGUCAAGUGGCACAUUCAAUAUCUCACUUUGUGGACAUGGUAGAAUAUGGAGCAGAGAUGGAUCGCUAUUUAGCAUUUCUGGUUGAUUGCCGCGGAGCUUUUGGUAAAUUAAAUGAGCUUAAGGAAACAGUUGUUCACUCCAGCAAUUCUUUAGCAAUUCAAGCUUUGAAAUGUGCUAAUACACAUCUGAGUUUUGUCAAAUCCUGCAUCACAUUUAGCGAAGUGACAAUACCUUCUAUUUCUGCUCAGAGACAAUUUGAUCUUUUUCUAGAGACUGCAGAGGUUGCAUUCUUAGGGGGCUUGGUUUCUCAUUCUGAUGGAUUGAUUGAUUCAGCAAUCGGCUGUUUGCAUACCUUAGACAUAAUGGAUGGCUUUCAAACUCCUGCUGAUGUUGAAGGACUAAUUUCAUCCAUUAGAAAGCUAUGUGGCUUCUUAAUUGUGGUUCCAGGUAAUAUUAAUCUACCAGUGACCUAUUUCCCAAAUAACUUAUUUACAUUGACCUGCUCCCAAUCAUGGUUUGAACCGAAAAUGAGGACAAAGAUUUUUUCUGCUAUCAUAUUAUUAUUAACAACUUUAUCACAAAAGACUCUGCCAUAUCAUGCAAAUACACAGAUUCCAGGCAAUGACAUGUUAUACUAUGAGGAUUCAUCUUACAAGCAAGAACUUGUUUCUUUGUCCAAGCUUGUUCUGGAGAACCUGCUUAGUGCCGUUCAACAAGAACCUUCCCAGGCUGCUCGAGGAAUUAUGGCACUUGAAGCAUGCAACUGCAUAGCAUCAUCUUUCAUGGUAAGCAAUGAAUUAUCAUCUAUUUGCCUUACACUGAUUGAAACUGCUAAGUCAUGUUUGAGUGCCCAAGACAGAUACCUCCAGUCAACCAUUCAACUUGUAAACAAGCAAUCGCCAAAUUUUGAAGGGUUUAUGUUGUUUACAUCUGCCUGAUUUGUGUUCGUCUAGGUUGAUAGGUCACUUGUGACAUAUAUUGUAACCUUAUCUUUCCUUUCUUUUCUUUUUUCCUUUUUAAGGAGGGUUUUUUCUUUGUUUUAAGUUUAUUAUUUAUCUAAAAAUAGUUUAUUUAUUUUUUGUGUUUUGAUUCGAUUUUGUUCCUAAAUUUUAUGUUCAAUUUAGGCUCAAUGUCAGUUGCUUUAUUACAGUCAAAGCAACAUGGUAGUGUGGUACUGUGUGGAUAAAACCUCAAUUUGUGGCACAAAUUAUAUAAG